CGGCUCGCGGUGCUUUUUUUUUUUUUUUUUUUUGCAGCGCUUGGUUUAGGGAUCGCGAGUGGUAUAUCAGGGAAAGCAGUCAUUCGGCAAUCGUUGAGAACUUAUUACCUUAGUUUCAUUGUUAGGUUGUUAGUCAUGCUUUUUAGGCGUAAUGCCACAUAUUAACUGUAUUGUUGCAUGACUUAAUUUUACGGACUUCUCAUCGCUGCUGAAUCUAGGUGCUGAUCCAAGAUCAGAUUGCUUAACCCUGAUAGGACCCUCGGCAGGUCCUUUGGGGAAGCCGCAACCGUCCCAAGACCUCGCCAUGACAACUUUAGCCCAGACGAAGGAGAUCUUCAGGAGCGCGGACGCAGUCUGCUUCGACGUGGACAGCACCGUGAUCCGAGAGGAGGGCAUCGAUCAGCUGGCCAAGUUCUGCGGCGUGGGGGACGCCGUCACCGAGAUGACGCGCAAGGCUAUGGGGGGGUCUAUGUCAUUUAAGACGGCAUUGACCGAACGGCUGUGCAUCAUAAGAUGCUCUCGGGAACAAGUGAACAAGCUGAUUACUGACCACCCACCUCAACUGACUCCAGGUAUUAAGGAGCUGGUUGCACGCCUGCAGCAUGACGGUGUGAAGGUCUUCCUCAUUUCCGGAGGGUUCCGCUGCAUUGUGGAGCACGUCGCCUCGCAGCUCGGGAUCCCCCUGCAUCACGUCUAUGCCAACCGCCUCAAAUUCUACUUCAACGGCGAGUACGCGGGUUUCGACGAGACGCAACCCACGGCGGAGUCUGGCGGCAAAGGCAAAGUGAUCAGCAUGUUGAAGGAGAAGUACGGCUUCCAGAAGGUGGUGAUGAUUGGAGAUGGGGCCACGGACAUGGAGGCCUGCCCCCCCGCUAACGCUUUCAUUGGAUUCGGAGGAAAUGUGGUCAGACCGCAGGUGAAAGAGCGAUGCUCGUGGUACGUCACCAGCUUCGGGGAGCUGCUUAAGGAGCUGGACAAGAUCUAGGGAGCCGGCGGUAAUCCCUUCAGCGCGGCUUCUCCCCAGUAUCCUCCGCACACCCUGACUGGGACCCUCUUGUUCCCUAGGUAGUUCAUGGUUUGUGUUUUGGCAGUUUUUAAAAAUUUAAAUCUAUUCUCAUAUAAAACUUUGUAUACUUGCUACUGGAUUAAUUUUAUGUGUAUAGACCUAUUUAAUGAUGUACUGAGAUUUAAGUUUAUGAGUUGAAUCAGGUUGACUAGUUGUGUCUAAUGUGGGUUGCUGAUGUGCAUCUGUGGAAGGGCAUCCUGGUGAACUUCUGAAGUUUUAGAGCAGGAGAAAAAUUAUAUAAAUACUUUUUGGAAUAUGAUUUUGGUAUAGAUGUAACCCUAAUAUUAAACUAAACUUUUGAACAAG